CUCUCUCUCUCUCUCUCUCUCUGUAAGAUGGCUGCAGAGAUAUUUGUAGCUAACAUUGCAGAAAAAGUCCUGAAGAAGCUAGAGUCCCAGGUUUCCAAAGAAGCUUGCCUGCUAUGGGGUGUUGAAAGCGAUUGGAAAGGACUAAAAAACACUCUAUCCACCGUCAAAGCUGUGCUCUUUGAUGCAGAAAAGAAGCAGGGUCAUAACGAGGAGCUGACUGUCUGGCUUGGGAAGCUUAAAGAGGUCUUUUUAGACGCUCAAGAUGUCCUUGAUGAAUUCGAAUGUGAAGAACUGCGGAGCCAAGUUGUGGAAAAACAAGGGAGUAUAGCCAUGAAGGUACGUCAUUUCCUUUCUUGCUCAAAUCCACUGCUAUUCCGAAUCAAUAUGGGUCAUAAAAUCAAAGACAUUAGAACACGGUUAGAUGACAUUGCAGCCGAUAAGGCUAAGUUUCAUCUAAGCGAACUAGCAGAAAAUAUGCAUGUGGUGCGUGGGAGGGAGAUGACCCACUCCUUUGUCCAUCCUUUAGAAGUUAUAGGAAGAGAACAUGACAAGGAAAACAUUGUUAAACAUCUAAUGAAUGUUGUUGAUGGUCAAAAUGUCCUUGUUAUUCCUAUAGUUGGCAUUGGAGGUCUUGGCAAGACUGUGCUAGCAAAACUAGUAUUCAAUGAUGCAAGAGUGGUGGAACAUUUUGAGUUAAAAUUUUGGGUUUGUGUCUCAGAUGAUUUCAUUUUAAAACAACUACUGGUAAAAAUAUUAAGAUCAAUACCUGAUGAAAAUUGGAAUGAUUUGGACGAAGAGCAACUGCAAAAGCAUCUUCGAAAUGUUUUGGAUGGCAGAAAAUUCUUGCUUGUCUUGGAUGACGUAUGGAACAAGGAUAGAAAUAAAUGGAUUGAGUUGAGGAAUUUGUUGAUGGGGGGUGCCAAUGGAAGCAAGAUCCUUGUGACUACACGCAGCCCAAGUGUUGCUUCUAUGAUGGGCACCAUGCCCUCGUACAACUUGAAAGGUCUUCCACAUAAUGAGUGUAUGUCUUUAUUUGUAAAAUGGGCAUUUGAAGACAGAGAAGAGAGGCAACACGCAAACUUAGUGGAAAUUGGGGAUGAGAUUGUGAAGAAAUGUAAAGGAGUUCCGCUGGCAGUGAAAUCAUUAGGAAGCCUACUAUAUUCAAAGCUUGAUGAAAAGGAUUGGAAAUUGGUAAAGGAUAAUGAAAUGUGGAAAUUGGAAAGAAAGGAAGGUGAUAUUUUGUCGGCCUUGCAAUUGAGUUACAAUCUAAUGCCACCUUACUUGAAAGAAUGUUUUGCCUAUUGUUCACUUUAUCCAAAAGAUCAUAAAUACCUUAGUAUGGAAUUGAUUCAGCUUUGGAUGGCACAUGAUUUGAUUCAAAAAUCACCAAUUGAAAAUCAAGAGCUAGAAGAUAUUGGCAAUCAAUACAUAGAAGAGCUCUACUCAAGAUCUUUCCUUGAAGAUUAUAAAGAUUUUGGCUCCUUACGAGUAUUCAAAAUACAUGAUCUCAUGCAUGAUCUAGCACUAUCGGUACAAAGUGGGUGCUUAGUAAUAAAUUCUCAGACCAAAAAUAUCUCUAAAGAGGUUAGGCAUUUGUCUUUUUUUGACAAAACUUGGCAAAAUGAAAAUGUUUUAAAAUGUUUACAAAGACAAAAGAGUAUACGGACCAUUUAUUGUCCAAUUGAAGGAUUUGGACCCUUUUCUGAAUCCUUUGUUGAUACAUACAUCUCAAGAUAUAGAUACUUGCGAGUCCUAGAUUUAAGUGACUCAUGUUUUGAGGAGUUACCAAAAUCCAUUGGUACUAUGAAGCAUUUAAGGAGGCUGAAUUUAAGCAGAAAUCGUAGCAUUACAAAACUCCGAAAUUCGAUUUGCAAGCUUCAAAAUUUGCAGACUUUACUCCUUGACGAAUGUGAAAAACUAGAAGAAUUGCCAAAAAACAUGAGAUAUAUGAUCAGUCUCGGGUUGUUGGAAAUAACAACUAAACAAAAGUCUACCUGAGUCCUUGAAUUCCCUACAAUUUUUGUCACUAGUGCAAUGUGGCAACAUAGAGUAUUUGUCUGAAGUGAAGCAAGGUUACAUGGGCCUUCGAAUGUUGGUUAUUGGCGAUUGUGAGGGUCUUAUCUCUUUGUUUCCUUUCCUAAAAUGCCUAACCCUUCUAGAGGUUUUGUGUAUUGAUAAUUGUGAAAAACUUGAUUUGACUAAAGUGGAAGACAAUCAAGUAGAAUUCACACCGAGCAUUCGAGUAUUAAUUCUAUCUAGAUUGCUACAGUUGGUGGCUGUGCCGCAAUGGUUCAAACAAUCUACAAGAACUUUACAGCACAUGAUAAUUCGAGGUUGUCCCAGCUUGACAGAAUUGCCAGAGUGGCUGCCAAAUCUUGCAUCUCUUAAACUACUUCAAAUUUUUGGCUGCCCCAUGUUGUCGUCUUUGCCGGAGGUGAAGCUUUUUCUGCCAACUCUAAGAUUUUUCGAAAUUAGGGAAUGUCCUGAAUUGAGUAGAAGAUGCCAGCCAGAAAUGGGCGAGGAUUGGCACAAGAUUGCUCAUGUCUCAACAAUUAAAAUUGACAACGAGUUUAUUAAACAAGCUGAUAACUAGUGUGAGACUCCUGGCCUAAGGUUAACAGAACCUGGAAGUUGCUACUAGAGAUGUGAACAAAGAUUCGAGAGUCAGUCAAUUUGAUUCCUGAAAAUAGUAGGUGCUGUAUUAUUAAUCUUUAAACUAAAUUGGGGAUC